CCAGACGCAGUUAUGAGCACUUCAAAAAAGGACAAACCUUCCUCUGCAAUUGGGUCCAUUCGCAAACGGCCAACAAAAGGGGAUAAGCCAACGGGGAGCCCAGCAGGCACAUCGAGCGCUAUGCCUGAAACACAGUCUCGUCGGCUUCAUUGUCUUAUCGCGGGCGAAUUUAUCGUCUUUUUAGUCAUCAUGGGGUGCGAUUACGUGGUUAGCGAGUUGAAGGGGGUUAUACAAAAGGAGCGAGGGCUGGAUACCUUGAAGGAUGUUGAUCCUCACACCUUAGAAUUGUGGAAGCCAAACGACUCCAACCCUAUCACCGCUAAGCCAGCCAACACUCUCGCUGCACGUAUCAGGUCCCUGGGAGAUAGCCUUUCGCAAUUUGCCACCAAACUAGAGCCCACAGACAGCCUCUUCAGUAUCUUUCCAAAUCAACCUCCCAGUGAGCACCUCCACGUAAUCGUGAAGGUCCCUGCUACCGCUGCUGAACCACCAUUAAAGAAACUGAAACCCGAAGAGGACUACAUCCACGCUUCUUAUGUUCAACGUGAAUUAACAGUCUCCGCUCUGUAUGAAAAACUCAAAAAGCAAAGAUGGGUACAUGUCAGAGGCACUCCAGGUAGCGGAAAGUCUGUGUUGGCGGGACUCCUUCGCCGCUAUAUCAAUGAAACAGAACCUGAUACGGAAGUGGUUUCUGUUGAUGCAUGGCCAGAAAAUCUGCCUGUGCAGAUCACCCCGAAUACGAUCCUCAUUCUAGACGAAGCGCAGACGACGUAUUGGGAUAAAAUUUUCUGGAAUAAAUUUAAGAAUCCGGGUUUACAGGGUAUGCGGGUUGUUGCUCUUGCCAGCCACGGCAGCUCUGGUUACACCGGGGCCGACAAUGUAACGCCAAUGUGGAUCGGAAAGGAACAGCGCGUGGGCCUUGCUCGUCUUGACUGCGGGGAUGGGAUCCUUGUUGGCCUUCUUUUCACUAGAGAAGAAUUCAACGCGCUCGUACGACUGAAGUUCCACGAUAACUGCUUUUCUGACUCCUUCCUCGAUUGUGUCUUUGAUAUGACGAAGGGUCAUGUGGGAGCUUGCGAGGAUUUGAUGAAGUGCGUCGCCACGCACAAGUCAUAUCGUGAACGGGUGAAAUCUGCCGAAUACACCUACGAAAUGUUUAUCACUGGUGUCUCCAUGGCUGACAUACCCCAGGCCAUCUACAAAGGAACGGUAUUUGGCCGUGGUCUACCACAGGCGAAUGUUUUACGUGAAAACCUGGAUGUAACAGCUGUAAUGAGUGAAGUCAUUAGAAAAGAAUCCAUUGUCUGCCCGGACGAUUACCUCGCUUCGAACCCCGACAACGACGAUAAACGAAAGGCGGCCCUCCGCAUGAUAUUCCGGCGAUGUAUAAACUGGAAGCUCAAUGGAUCGCCAUUGGAGUCUAGGAUCAUCGAGCCGAACCCGUUCGAAUUUUCCCUAGCUGUUAUCCAGAGGUUUUCACGGCAAAGCCUAGAAAAACGCGAAAUAGGUCCCAAGGCACAAUCCAUCCCAGAGGCACAAUUCCAGGACGAGUUCUACUCCGCAUCCUCUAAGCACGCGAAUGGUUCUGUUUCAUUUCCAGAGUUUGGUACGAAAAACGGAAGGAUUGAUUUCUUCAUCCGGUCGAAAAAAUGGGGCGUUGAACUUCUUCGUGAUGGUAAUCGAUUGGGCCAACACGCAAGACGAUUCACCGAAGGGGAGUAUGAUAAAUGGGUUGAGAAGGGAUGGAUGUCUGACUAUAUCAUUAUUGAUUUUCGUACCCGCCCUCCCAAGAUCGUGCAUCGAGACGUCGAUAAACUUAUAUGUCGUAUCCGUUGA